AUGAACUCCGGUGGCCUAUUCAACUUCUAUCGCGAUGGUGAAACAAGGCGAACAAUAAAUGUAUCCGGCUCUGUGCCGUCGGCCUCCUUCAUCGUCAAUGACUUGAUCAGUGCCGGAAAUUGGAGCUUCAACUGUGACUAUGCCAGGACAGUAAAGCAGACGAACUAUUACUCACCCCGCAGUGAAACAGUGCAGGUCAUUGUGACAGCAUUGCCUUCGAUCGCCAGCCCGAACUUGAGUCCCAAGACCUUGACUCAGCCCCUCUCCCUUUCAAGCGUUCAUAGACCGAAGCAGAAUGGUCAAGAACUCAGUGUCAUGUUUGACGCAGAGACAAGAUUUCGAAAACAUUACAUUUCAUUCAUGCCCGUGAUCAUGGCAUCGCUGCCUGGGACAAAGGAACUCCCCAGGGCCACAAUUUCUGUCGAACCGCCUUCUGGCGUGGUCAGAAGUGGGAGGCCCAUUCGACUGACCUGCACAGGAGCCAUUCUGAACUCCGGUGGCCUAUUCAACUUCUAUCGCGAUGGUGAAACAAGGCGAACAAUAAAUGUAUCCGGCUCUGUGCCGUCGGCCUCCUUCAUCGUCAAUGACUUGAUCAGUGCCGGAAAUUGGAGCUUCAACUGUGACUAUGCCAGGACAGUAAAGCAGACGAACUAUUACUCACCCCGCAGUGAAACAGUGCAGGUCAUUGUGACAGAGGAACUCCCCAGGGCCGCAAUUACUGUCGAACCGCCUUCUGGCGUGGUCAGAAGUGGGAGGCCCAUUCGACUGACCUGCACAGGCGCCAUUAUGAACUCCGGUGGCCUAUUCAACUUCUAUCGCGAUGGUGAAACAAGGCGAACAAUAAAUGUAUCCGGCUCUGUGCCGUCGGCCUCCUUCAUCGUCAAUGACUUGAUCAGUGCCGGAAAUUGGAGCUUCAACUGUGACUAUGCCAGGACAGUAAAGCAGACGAACUAUUACUCACCCCGCAGUGAAACAGUGCAGGUCAUUGUGACAGAUUUUAAUGGAACAUCCAAUUCAUUCCAAAAUCGUUUGGGUCUUGUCACUUUUGUCCUGCUGGGAUUGUGUCUGUCCUGGGAGUAGAGUGAAAUCCAAUCAAGGGAAAGAAAUGUUGCAACUGUGUGACUCAAAGUUUAUCACUCCAACGUUUCACAUUGAAAUAAAAUCAAUUAUGAAUCUA